AUGUAUCAUAUAUGUAUGUCUAAAUCCAGUGACGAAAAUUCGACGGCUAAAGUUACCACGAGGGGCGCUGGAGACGGGCCUUCGCGGAAAGUGAAGGCCAUCUGCAGUUAUUCACCUCUGAACGAGGAAGAACUGAAACUUGAAGUCAAUGACGUCAUAGAAGUGAUCAGUUUCGAGGAGGGCGGCUACUCUCGAGGCCGCCUCAAUGGCAAAGUCGGCCUUUUCCCGUCAGAGUGUACGAAGCCGGUUGACGGCAGCGUAUCUCCUUUAGUCAAGUCUCAGAUGACGUUGGAUGGAACCAGUGAAAAUGUUACCGCGUCUGAAAUUCAACCAAAAAAAAUUCACGGCGUUGGCUUCGGAAAUAUUUUUGUGAAAGAUGCCAAAAUCGAGUUGAAGUCGAAGAAUAAAUUUGACUUUUCGCCGAAAUCUAUCGAAACGAAAGAUUUUUCGCCAAAGGUUGAAAAGAAAAUGACCCACUACUUUCCUCCGCUGGUGCCGGCCAAACCGCUGAAACCUUCAUCGAGUGCUCAGGGACAGGUGGCGGCUACACCGGUGGAUACGGCAAAGUUCCUCAAGAGUCCCGUUUUGCAGGAAAGUGGCGGCGGUGCGAAUGCAGCCGGGCGGCCUUCUUCGUCAUCUAAGCAGGCGACUACAGCUGCGAUGACGACCAGCACUGCUUCGGGUUCUGUCGAUAAGAAAGACAAUGCAGCUGCAACAGAUACAUCUUCGGACGCUGACAUGUCAUCAUCGUCAUCCCCAUUGGGUAAGAAAUCGGGCAAAACGUCAGAAACGGCGGGGGGCGGGGUCGAUGAUUCGUUGUCGACCUUUGCGGAGACUAACGACGCGAAAUGUUUCGAUCGACUGAACGAAAACGAGAAACUUUCUCACCUGACCGCUUACAGACCUCGACUGGUCAAUCGUCGACCGCCAUCCAAAGUGCUGAUCAGCGACAUGAAGGAACACAUUGCUGAAGAUUCCACGCACCUGCCCCUGACCUUAGUUACGGCGAAAGAAAACGCAUUUUCCAGGGAAAAUUUCGUAAGCAGAGAAAGUUUCGAAACGCUGCAGGCAGCUUUUGAACUGUUUAAAAAGGAAACCGUUACCAGGAUGAAGGAAUUGGAACGAAAGAUUUGUUCGCUCGAACGAAAGGGAAAGUUGUGA